UUGAGUCAACUAAAAAUGGCAGAUUCAAGUUGGAGUGCGUCCACGCUACGUAGUUCAUCUUUUCUAAAGAUUUUAACCACAGACGAAUUGCGUUUUCCUAAUACACUGUCUGAAGAGGAUCUGCUGUCCCAUUUAAGAGGCAGAAAUAUUAUUAAAGAAGACGAAAUAUUGGAAAAAAGUACUCUUGUAUCGUUAUUCAAAAAACAUAUUUCGCCUCUUCCACAACGGGAAAACAUAAAUCGAAUUCAAAAUAUUUCAGAAGGCGUUUCGUUUCAUGAAACAUCAAGGUUGCAGAAAAAACCAAAAAUGGAAAUUGAAAGUGAUAAUGAUUCAGGUGGCAGCAGUAUAAUUACAGAUGAAACUAGACCAAAAUCAAAUGCAUUAACUGUAAAGAUUCCUGCUGUAUCAAAAGGUGAGCUCAGAGGAAGUAAACCUGUUAAGCUAAAGCGGAAGAAAAGUUCUGACAAAGUUUCUGAACAAGCUUAUAAAAAAUCAUCUAAAAAUGAAGAGAGUUCAUUCUAUGACCAUGAUAAAGAGCUUCAGUUUGUUAAUUGGUUUCAGAUCCAGUCAUCAACGGCAUCGAACCAGCAGCAAUUCUCUGGUAUUCGUCAAAAUCUAACAUCAAAAUCCACUGGGGAACAAAUUAUAAACAAAGAUAACAGUUUUACUCAAGAAGUUAGCCGGAAAUUUACACUUACCGCUAAUAAAGAAGACACAAGAAAAAUACAAAAAAGAAAUAUUGAAUGUGAAAGCAAAGAUUUUGGUGAAAGUAUUGAAAUUAUUGAUGAUGAUAAUGAUGAUGAUAUAAAGCAAGCAAAUGAAAAAUUAGCUAUUAUAGAUGAAAAUCCUGAAACAAUUCAAGUAUCUGUUGGAAGAGAUAAGAAUAGGUCUGCAGUUGUUUUAUCAAAAGAUGAAUCAAGAAAAAUGAAAAAUUCUAGUUCAAGAGAAUUUAUUGAUAAUGCUGAUGAAGGUGGUAAUGAUGCUCAAAAUGAUGUUUUUAAAUCUUAUACGUCUCAGGAUAGAGUUUUGAAUGAUCAGGAGAGACAUUUUUCAAAAGAUGAUACUGCAAGAAGCAAAGACUCUAAUAUUAGAAAACAACGCUAUCAAUCUAAAAGUCCUCAACGUCGAAGUCCGCGGAGAAUAAGCCCUCGUCAAAGGCGUUCACGUUCACCAAGAAAUCGUUAUGUUCAAGACAAUUAUAGACCAGCUUGGCAACAGCAUGGAAGACCAAUUAGAAGAGAAGUUGGUCGUUUUAAUAACAAUACUCGGUAUGGGAGAGGUCAUUUUCAUCAAAAUAGGUUUCAACAUUCACAAAGAAGAUUUUCUCCACCAAGAGCAAGAUGGAUUCCUGAUCGUCGUAAUGAUAGAGGUAAUAUUCAAGGAUCUAGGUUUAGUACUGCAUACAGACGUUCAAAUAGUGUUGAACGAGCUCGUUUAGCUGAGCGUAAAAGAAUGGACGAAGAAAAGUUGAGAGAGAAAGAAUCAACAAAUGCUCAAAGAAAGAGAAUGGAAGAAGAAUUAAGAGAAAUUGAAUCAAAAAUUGAAACAAAAAAGAAGUCUAAAUUAAAACGUCAAGAAAAUAAGAUUGACUCAUUAGAUGUUAAUGUUGCUAUACAUUCUAUUAAUGCUCCUGAUAAAAAAGAAAUGAGUUCAGAAAACGUUUCCACCAAAACUCAAGAAAAAAAGUUAAAUGAUAGUAAACAAUCUUCACAAGGUUCCUCUAUAGGAACUUAUGAAACGUCUGUGACUGAUUGUCAUGAAGGUAUUGCAGAACAACAAAAAGAAAAUUUUGCAAGAGUCCCUUACAUAAAUUCUGAGAAAAGAGACAGGCCAAUUAGUGAGUUACGUCAUACAACAACUGAAAAAUAUCAUGAUGCACCUCACAUUAAAGUUGAAACCAGCCAUAGUGAUCAUAUUUUGUUAACAAAAGAAAACAUAGAUAUUAAAAACCAAGUUUUGACAUCAGACGAUAGUGAUGCAAAAUCAGAGGAUACUAGCAAGAAAUCUGAACUAAAUGAAACUGAAAAGUCUGAAGAGGGUGAAACUGAUUUAAGUGACUCGAGUGAAGACUCGUCAUCAACAGAAGAAUCUGAUUCAUUGAAGAAGAAAAAAAAGAGGUCAAAAAAGAAAAAAUCUAAAAAGCAUUACAGCUCAUCAAGCGAUAGUGAUUCAACUGAUAACGAUUCUGAUACUAGUGAUGACAGCAUUAAAAAAAAGAAAAAGAAAAAGAGAAAAAUCAAGAAAAAGUCAUUGAAGAAGUUAAAAAAUCAAAAACGUAAAGUAAAGAAAGAACGAAAGGGUGCUCUAAAUGAAGAUGAGCUUAAAGUUUGGUUUGAAGAACAAAAGGCCAAGUUGUGUGAUGAACUGAGAGAACAAUUAAAAAAAGAACUAGUAUCCUCAAAUGUAAAUAAAUCUGAUGUUGCGAGUGAUGAACAAAUUGUAAAAGAUACAGAAAUUCAUGAUGAAUAUGAUGACGAUAAUCAGAUUGUUGGUGUUUCUGGUAUACUUUCUAAAGAUCCGAGUGCAAUUGCUUUGCAAGAUGAUGAAAUUGAUACUCCGCCUUGUGAAGAAGAAGUUUUUAACGUUUUUAAAUCUGAUGAUGAUUUAGAACUGGAUUCUGAAGAUGAUAACUGGAAAAGACAUGGUAUACGAGACAGUGAAGGUAGAAAGAGUUCUCGAGGUACCAGGGAUAAACAUCGAAGUAACAAAUCUCAGCAAAAGUUGCAAGGCGAUAGCAUUGAUAAAGUACAUUCAACUAGUGAUGUUAAAGAUGAAAUACCGAAUCAGCAUCAAGUCAGUAAAGGAGAACGAGAGUUGAGUUUUGAGAAAUCUAUAGUUUCUCAUUCAAGUAGAAAAAAAAAUGAUGAGAAUCGAAAGAAGAGUAGAUUUGAUCUAAGGGAUACUCAAGAUAUCAACAAAACUACUCAAAUAUCUCAAAAAGAAUUUUAUUUUGAGAAAAAAGAUUCAAUUGAAAUAGAUCAUAAAAGAAAAGGAGUAUCUAGGGAAAAUCACUCUGAAAAUACACUAAGAAUAUUGCAAAGAGAUUCUAUCUUUGAAAAACCAAGAGAUUCACGAUUCGAUAAAGAAGUAAAAUCAAAUUCAAGGUCUAAAAGUUUUCAUAGUGCUGAAAAUAUUCAAUAUGAUGAACCUGGUCAAUCAGUUGAGGUAUCUGAUGCAUUUUUCAGCAAAUCGUUUUCUCAAGUAGAUGAUACUUCUGAGGUUGCUAUGGCCUCUAAAGUUAGAGCUGGCGGAUUUUCUGGAUUUUUGCCAUUUCCUAAAGAAUCAAGAAAAAGCUGUAAACCUAGUCUAGAAGAUAUACAAGUGGCUGAAUCAAGUGGCCAUUGGGAAGCACCUUUUUCAACUACUCCAGUUAGAUCACAAAAAGUUGUUGCCUCUCCUAUGUCUGAUGGGUCUCGAAGAAAAUCAUAUGAAAAAGCUGGAGAAAAACAAGCUCUCAUUGAGCAAUCUGAAGAUCAUGGAAUAUUAAGAUCAAGACAGGUUGAUGAAAAAACUAAAAAAACGUCAGGAAAGUAUGGUUCAAAUACUGAAAAAAGAGACUUACAUCAGAAAAACAGAGAUGAUUAUCAGAGAGUUGAUGUGCAUCACCAAGAAAAGAUAGAUUCUCGUCGCCAACGAACCGACGAAAAACAUGAACGUGAGAAUAAGUACCGCGAAGGAGGAAAUCAAUUGCGCAAUAAUGAAAUAGAAAGAUACCGAAGUGAUAAUCAAGAGAUAAUACACAGAGACUCUAACAAAGAUAGAAAUUUCGAAAGUAAUAGAAAUAAUAAAAAUAACUUUCGUUCAAUGUAUUAUAAUCGUAAUGUUUACGACGGUUCAAAGCAGCAUAAGUCAAAUUAUGAUCAUUCUUUUUCCGAGAAUGUCAGUUACAGCAAAAGUGGUAGGGCGAAUGUUUAUGCGGAGAAGAAUAACGAAAACCGCAACAGAUCAAGUGUAUUUGCGGAGGAAAUGCACGAUAAUCGUAAACGUUUAAACGAUUUUCAUGGCGGAAUAAAUGAUAAUGUUGACUCAAAAUUAAAAAAGCGUGACAAUGCUUUAUCUUCGAAUUCCGGAGAUUCUGGUGAAUACUCUUCAAACAAUCCUUUAAAUUAUACGAAACCACAAAAGCACUAUCGUGGUAAACGAAAGUAGUUCUUUCGGUCAAGUGAAAUUUUAAAUAGUACUUUUGAUAUUGAGUCUUUAAAGGUUCUAAUCAUUUUUAAGCUGUUCUGUUUUUAUAUUUAGGCUGUAUAAUUUUGAAUUUAUAAACUAUAAUUGUCUUUGUUUAUAAUUUGCAAUUACCCUAUUUCUUUUUUGUUUUGAAAGAAAUAAUAAUAGCUUAAUUUUUUGUUUAAAUUACUAGCGGAGUCUAUAAUGUUUUAUACAUUUUGUUAAUAAUAAUAAGAAAAAUAUAAAUGUAUCAACACCCGAAUCUUUAAUUACAAUUUUAAUUUUUUGAUUUUUUCUUGAUGUUCAUUUUACAUAAUACGAAUCUAUAUCAUGAAUGCUUUCAUAAUUUUUUUUUUUUUUUUUUUUUAUAAAACACUCGCCUGGCUUAAUAACGGUUUAACUGGACUUGUAUUUAAAGCUCUAUAAAAUAUCUAUUUCGGCGAUAACAUUUAUUGCAGAGCGAGUGAUGAAAAUGUGAUCAGAAUAAAUGACGUUCUUAUAG